AUGCAAGCUUUACUCAUCGCCAACUGUGUCUUCAACGCCUUCUUCAGUUUUACCGCCAUCACACUAAACAUUGUAACAAUAAUCGCUCUGAGAAAACCAUUGACGAUACCAAGAGCUGUAAAAAUAUUGCUGCUGAGUCUGGCUGUAUCUGAUCUUGGUGUUGGUUUACUGGUUCAACCUUUGUACAUUACACGUCUUGUCAUGAUGAUAAAAGAAGACGCUCAAACUCGAUAUUUUAAGAUUACUUUGAACUCUUUUUAUGCCACAGGGACUUUUCUUAGUAUUGCCUCAUUCUUUGGUGUGGUGGCUCUAACCGCAGACAGAUUCUUGGCUGUUCAUUUUUAUCUCCGAUACCAGGAACUCGUGACUCACAAGCGCGUUGUUGCUGUAGUGAUCUCGAUUUGA